AUAAUACUAAUAAUUAAAACUACCAAAAAUAAUAAAUACUAAUAAUAAAUAAAUAAAAAUAUCACCAGGAGGAAUAUAUAAUCGUUGAAUUAUUUUUUGUGAAUUAAUAAAACGUAAUCUAGGCAAUGCUUGGAGUACACACGCGGUGAUUACACAACUUUAUUAUAAAACAAGGACUAUACGUGAAAACGGAUGGAUAACGUAACGUAAACGAAAGCAAUUAAUUAAAGUAAAAGUUUUAAAAUAAUUUAUUAAAAAUGAAAAUAAAAUAAUAAAAAAUGUGUCCGUGACAUUUUAGCGUUUAAAAGACAAUCUCUCUUUGAGAACUUAGUUCCAGUGUGAACUGAGACUCGGUUAAUCAUCCAUUGAAAUAGGAUUGCCAUUGUGACGUGAUACUGCUGCGGGAGGUGUCAUUUUAUUUAAUUUAAAUAAAAAUAUUUAAUAAUAAAAUUAAUCUGAUAAACACGCACAGUAACCCACCCUCUCGCCUGUAAUGCGUACGAAAAACUCUGAUAACUGGUGGAUGGUAUAAGGCCCGAUUGUCGGAUAAUUGAUGGACAUAUUAGCUGGUGGUGAGUGAAAGUAAUGACAAGGCAUCGAUGAGAGCCUGAAAUGUUAACACAAACCGAGUUUUAUGCUCUAUUUAUUCACUACACCUUUGUGUAGUAUGAUAGGGGGCGGGUCCUUGCAGCUGCGAUGAAGGUGACGGACGAAAUAAUGGAUUAUUUCGGGGACUGCUUGGGACACCAAGUGUGCUUGUUCUCUUAUAUAUAUGUUAUUGCUUAAUUAAGUGCUGUGCUGAAAAAUCUUGAGUGUUGUGUACCGUAAGAGUAAAGUUUAAGUAACAGCAAGAGGAAGAUUUUGUUUAUUAAUUAAAUAAUAAUUAGAUAAAAAAAAUUAUUAAUUGAUAAAAUAUUAAGAAAGGAGAUAUAAGAAUUAAUAAACCCAGCCAAGGCCCGCGGAUAUAUCUUCAGAGCCCGCCCCAAAACAUCAGUGCCUAUUCUCCUCUGUAUCGCUUUUUUCCUGCAUCAAACCUCGACUGUAUAUACAUACAUUAUAUAUAGUAUAUAUAUAUAAAUAUAUAAGUAAAUAUAUUUAUUUAUAUAUGUAUGAAAAAGUGACACUCGUCGUUGACGCGUAGCUUCAAAGUCCAGGCUAUGAUAAUUCCAAUAGCAGAUUGAGCACACUCGUCGUCGCUUCAUGUAUAUGUCGGACAUGAAAAAUCUUGGUUCACGUUGGAUUGGCCCCAACAUACCACGCACUGCCGCAGCGCGCUCACUACUGGUCGCCGCAAUUUCACCUCUACCGAAUAAUAAAAAUACCGGGAGACGCAGGCAUAACGUGAGGAGUGAAACAAAUCAAACAAGACGACGGAGUAUCAUUAUCGCAAGCGGCGAAAAAAAAGAAAGCGAGAUAACGAGGAGUUACGUAGUGCAACAGCCGCAUUUAUCCGUCCGAUCCUACAAAACUUCUUUGUACACUACUUCUACCGCGCAUUCCAAAUUAAAGAAGCACUUACUCAGAGCUAACAACAUUUCAAUAUCUCGCUUACAACAACACUAUUUUCGCCAUCGACUGUUUUAUUGUUUUUCACCUCAGACACACAGCCGUCAUUUAAGGAAGUGUUAGCACCAACCGUAAGGAAGGUGCCGUUGUCGUGCGCAGCGUAGACAAUGUCCGAGUUUUCUGACUCUAUAUCAGAAGAACGAAGUUUGUUCCGUCCGUUCACGCGGGAAUCUUUGGCUGCUAUUGAAACUCGCAUUGCUGAAGAACUUGCCAAGCAAAAGGAGCUCGAAGCUAAGAGAGCACAAGGCGAGGGUGGUUAUGGACGGAAGAAAAAGAAAAAAGAAACCCGUUAUGACGACGAAGACGAGGAUGACGGUCCACAGCCUGAUCCGAUGUUCGAACAAGGGGCGCCUAUUCCAGUCCGAUUGCACAACGAAUUUCCCCCCGAGCUGGCCUCGACGCCUCUUGAAGAUAUCGACACCUUUUACCACAAUCAACGGACGUUCGUGGUUAUCAGCAAAGGAAAGGAUAUAUUCAGAUUCUCGGCGACGAAUGCGCUGUGGAUCCUCGACCCGUUUAACCCAAUACGACGGGUGGCCAUAUAUAUUUUGGUCCACCCACUCUUUUCCUUCUUCAUCAUCUUAACUAUUUUGGGUAACUGCGUUCUCAUGAUCAUGCCCACAUCGCCCACCAUCGAGUCCACCGAAGUGAUAUUUACGGGGAUCUACACGUUUGAAUCCGCCGUAAAGGUGAUGGCGAGGGGUUUCAUUCUGCAGCCUUUUACCUAUCUUAGAGAUGCAUGGAAUUGGCUCGACUUCGUAGUUAUAGCUUUAGCUUAUGUGACGAUGGGAAUAGAUCUAGGAAACCUUGCCGCUCUCAGGACAUUUCGAGUCCUCCGAGCCUUGAAGACUGUCGCUAUUGUACCAGGUCUGAAAACCAUUGUCGGCGCUGUGAUAGAGUCAGUAAAAAAUUUGCGCGAUGUGAUAAUCUUAACCAUGUUCUCCCUUUCCGUCUUUGCGUUAAUGGGCCUUCAGAUUUACAUGGGGGUCCUAACGCAAAAAUGUAUUAAAAACUUUCCGAAUGAUGGCUCUUGGGGGAAUUUAACUGAUGAAAAUUGGGAAAAAUUUGUCAGCAAUUCAACCAAUUGGUAUAAAGAUGACAAUGAUAAUAUGCCUUUAUGUGGUAAUUCGUCGGGUGCUGGAAUGUGUGAGCCGGGUUAUACGUGCUUGCAAGGCUACGGUGAGAAUCCAAAUUAUGGAUACACGAGUUUUGAUACAUUCGGGUGGGCAUUAUUGUCAGCGUUUCGUCUGAUGACCCAAGAUUAUUGGGAGAACUUGUAUCAACUAGUGCUGAGGUCGGCUGGUCCGUGGCACAUGUUGUUUUUCAUCGUCAUCAUAUUUCUUGGAUCAUUCUAUCUGGUGAACUUGAUCCUUGCCAUUGUAGCGAUGUCGUACGACGAGUUGCAGAAGAAAGCUGAGGAAGAAGAAGCUGCUGAAGAGGAGGCGAUAAGGGAAGCUGAAGAAGCGGCCUUAGCGAAAGAGCAAAAAAUAGCUGCUCACGCGGCGGCUAGAGAAGCUGCUGCUGCAGCCGCGGCUGCUGAGUCUAUCGUUAAAUCACCCUCAGACUUUUCUUGUCACAGUUACGAAUUAUUUGUCGGACAAGAGAAGGGCAAUGAUGACAACAACAAAGAAAGAAUGAGCAUUAGAUCUGUCGAAUCUGUUACUGAGUAUAGGGUCAGACAAAUCAACAACAAUCACAAUGGUGCUAAUAAAGUUCGAAAAGUCAGCGCUGCAAGCCUUAGUUUACCCGGUUCGCCAUUCAAUCUCCGCAGAGGAAGUAGAGGAAGUCAUCAGUUCACGAUUCGCAAUGGAAGAGGAAGAUUUGUCGGUCCACCAGGUGGUGAUAGAAAGCCUCUGGUACUCUCGACAUAUCUUGACGCCCAGGAACAUCUGCCUUACGCGGACGAUUCUAAUGCCGUGACUCCGAUGUCCGAGGAGAAUGGUACCAUCGUCGUCCCAGUUUACUACGCGAGUUUGGGCUCGCGACACUCAUCCUACACCUCCCACACAUCUCGGCUAUCUUAUACGUCCCAUGGUGAUCUGCUGGGCGGUAUCGCCAAUGCCGGUAAACCCAUGACCAAGGAGAGUAGGCUGAGAAGUAGAUCUGCCAGACAACCAUCCACCAAUGGUCAUCCAGAGCAACUGCAAAAAUUACAUCACGAUGUGGACAUGGAAGAUCCACUAGGUAAAAACAAGCAACAAGACAACCCAUUCAUCGAGCCUUCCCAGCAGAAUGCUGUUGUUGAUAUGAAAGACGUUAUGGUUCUGAAUGACAUUAUUGAGCAAGCUGCUGGGCGGCAAAGCACAUCAUCAGAACAAGGAGUUUCUAUUUACUAUUUUUCAACAGACGACGACGAAGAAGGUCCAACAAUGAAAGAGAAAAUAUUAGCAGCAGUUAUUCGCGGGAUUGAUUUUUUGUGUGUAUGGGAUUGCUGUUGGGCAUGGUUAAAAUUCCAAGAGUGGGUUGCAUUAAUAGUAUUUGAUCCAUUUGUCGAACUUUUUAUUACACUCUGUAUCGUAGUUAAUACCCUAUUCAUGGCUCUCGACCACCACGAUAUGGAUAAAGACAUGGAGCGGGUAUUAAAAUCCGGCAAUUACUUUUUUACGGCAACAUUUGGUAUUGAAGCUGGACUUAAAUUGAUAGCCAUGAGCCCGAAAUUUUAUUUUCAAGAGGGCUGGAAUAUCUUUGACUUUAUUAUAGUAGCUCUGUCACUUCUUGAGUUGGGUCUUGAAGGAGUGCAAGGUCUUUCAGUAUUACGUUCAUUCAGAUUGUUGCGAGUGUUCAAAUUAGCUAAAUCGUGGCCGACUUUAAACUUGUUGAUAUCGAUUAUGGGAAGAACAGUAGGAGCCUUGGGUAACUUGACGUUCGUGCUGUGCAUUAUAAUAUUCAUAUUUGCCGUGAUGGGUAUGCAGCUGUUUGGAAAAAAUUAUACAGACAAAGUGGAUCUUUUUCCCGACGGUACUCUGCCGAGAUGGAACUUCACUGAUUUCAUGCAUUCAUUUAUGAUCGUAUUUCGUGUGCUGUGCGGAGAGUGGAUUGAGUCUAUGUGGGACUGUAUGCUGGUUGGUGAUGUCUCAUGUAUACCAUUCUUCCUGGCUACUGUCGUAAUCGGUAACUUGGUCGUUCUCAAUCUCUUCUUGGCGUUGCUCUUGUCAAAUUUCGGUUCAUCAAAUCUGUCAGCGCCGUCGGCUGACAACGACACCAACAAAAUAGCCGAGGCAAUUGACCGGAUAGCGAGAUUUAUUAAUUGGAUCAAGCGGAGCUGUAGCAAUCUUGUUAAGAUGUUGAGAGCCAAACUCACCAACCAGAUAUCCGAUCAGGCGCCAGGUGAGGGACCGUCCAACAGUUGGAAAGAAGUUAUCCGAUAUUAUUUUUCGACCAUGAAAAUUGGUAACCCGGAUGGGUUAGAGAUCAUGUGUAACUGCGCAGAUGGAAUUGACCGGGACGGAGAUCGGGAUCUUGCAGAUGGAGAGCUGGACGGUUAUCGGGACAAGAAAAGCGCCAAAGAGUUCAACAACCAGUUGGAAGUCGCAAUCGGUGAAGGAAUGGAAUUUACCAUCCAUGGAGAUCUGAGAAAUAAACUGAGAAAGGAAAGAUUGAGCAUGAACAACACAAAGGCCAUUAGUAAUUCCAUUAAUCACUACGACUGCCGUUUAGAUCAUGACUACAUCAAUCAUCAUGACGACGAUACCAUUAGUAACAAGUCAUACGGAAGCCACAAAAAUCGGCCAUUCAAAGACGAAAGCCAUAAAGGAAGUAUUGACUCCUUAGACGGCGAAGAGAAGAAAGACGCGAGCAAGGAAGACCUUGAAGAAGAUCUCGAUGAUGAAGAAGAUGAAGAUAAAGGUGAAGAUGAAGGGGACGAAGUCCAAAUAAUCCACGCCGAUGAAGACAUCAUUGAUGCCGACUAUCCAGCAGACUGUUGUCCUGACCACUGCUACAAAAAAUUCCCCUUUUUGGCGGGUGAUGACGACGCUCCGUUCUGGCAAGGCUGGGCAAAUCUCCGGCUCAAGACCUUUCAACUUAUUGAGAACAAGUACUUCGAGACAGCCGUAAUUACUAUGAUUUUACUUAGCAGUAUGGCAUUGGCGCUUGAAGAUGUUCACCUUCAACAGCGACCAAUUCUUCAAGAUAUUCUUUAUUACAUGGAUCGUAUCUUCACGGUCAUCUUUUUUCUUGAAAUGUUGAUAAAGUGGUUGGCGUUGGGCUUCGCUAAAUACUUCACAAAUGCUUGGUGCUGGCUUGAUUUUAUCAUUGUCAUGCUUUCGCUGAUCAAUUUGGGGGCGGUGUGGGCUGGUGCCGAUGACAUCCCGGCGUUCCGUUCAAUGAGAACUUUGAGAGCUUUGAGGCCCUUGAGAGCAGUCUCCCGUUGGGAGGGGAUGAGAGUGGUCGUUAAUGCGCUGGUCCAAGCUAUCCCGUCCAUCUUUAACGUAUUGCUUGUCUGUUUGAUAUUCUGGCUUAUUUUUGCCAUCAUGGGUGUCCAAUUGUUUGCUGGAAAAUACUUCAAGUGUGUUGACAUGAAUAAAACGACACUCAGUCAUGAAAUAAUACCUGACCGUAAUGCCUGCAAAGCUGAAAAUUACACCUGGGAAAAUUCGCCAAUGAAUUUCGACCAUGUCGGAAAAGCUUACUUGUGUUUAUUCCAAGUAGCUACUUUCAAAGGUUGGAUCCAAAUAAUGAACGACGCCAUCGACUCCAGAGAAAUUAACAAACAACCAAUCCGUGAAACAAAUAUCUACAUGUAUCUUUACUUUGUAUUCUUCAUAAUAUUUGGAUCAUUUUUCACCCUCAACCUGUUUAUCGGAGUUAUCAUUGAUAACUUCAACGAGCAGAAGAAGAAAGCCGGUGGCUCGCUUGAAAUGUUCAUGACUGAGGAUCAGAAGAAGUAUUACAACGCGAUGAAAAAAAUGGGAAGUAAAAAACCACUGAAAGCCAUUCCACGACCAAGGUGGAGGCCACAAGCAAUUGUGUUUGAAAUAGUGACAGACAAAAAGUUCGAUAUGAUAAUCAUGUUGUUCAUCGGUUUGAACAUGUUAACGAUGACACUCGAUCAUUACCAACAGACUGAAACAUUCAGCAAUGUGCUUGAUUACUUAAACAUGAUAUUCAUUGUGAUAUUCAGUAGCGAGUGUCUGAUGAAGAUUUUUGCUCUACGUUAUCACUACUUCAAGGAGCCAUGGAAUCUCUUUGAUUUUGUUGUUGUUAUAUUAUCAAUAUUAGGUCUGGUCCUGAGUGACAUUAUUGAAAAAUAUUUUGUCUCGCCUACGUUGCUUCGAGUGGUAAGAGUCGCCAAAGUCGGACGAGUACUGCGUCUAGUAAAAGGUGCCAAGGGAAUCAGAACUCUGCUGUUUGCCCUGGCUAUGUCAUUGCCAGCGCUCUUCAACAUCUGUCUGCUGCUCUUCUUGGUGAUGUUUAUCUUCGCGAUCUUCGGAAUGUCUUUCUUCAUGCACGUUAAAGACAAGAGCGGUCUGGAUGACGUUUAUAACUUCAAGACUUUUGGACAGUCGAUGAUUCUGCUGUUCCAGAUGUCAACGUCCGCGGGAUGGGACGGCGUGCUCGACGGUAUAAUAAACGAGGAGGACUGCCAGGAGCCGAACAAUGAAAUAGGUUAUCCUGGGAACUGUGGCUCGUCGACAAUAGGAAUUGCAUAUCUGCUAUCGUACCUCGUCAUCAGCUUCCUAAUCGUCAUCAACAUGUACAUCGCGGUGAUAUUAGAAAAUUAUUCACAAGCGACAGAAGAUGUGCAGGAGGGAUUGACCGAUGAUGACUACGAUAUGUAUUAUGAAAUAUGGCAGCAAUUCGACCCGGACGGUACGCAGUACAUACGAUAUGACCAGCUCUCUGACUUCUUGGAUGUAUUGGAGCCCCCUUUGCAAAUUCAUAAGCCGAAUAAGUAUAAGAUCGUGUCGAUGGAUAUUCCCAUAUGUAAGGGCGACCUUAUGUUUUGCGUGGAUAUCCUCGAUGCACUCACAAAGGACUUUUUCGCGAGAAAGGGUAAUCCCAUUGAAGAAACGGCAGAGCUGGGAGAAGUACAAGCCAGACCUGACGAGGUCGGCUAUGAGCCGGUGUCGUCGACUUUGUGGCGCCAGAGAGAGGAGUACUGCGCCAGGCUGAUACAGAACGCCUGGCGCAAACACAAGCAACAACGACUGGGCGGUCCCAGCGAGGAGAGUGAUGAUCCAGACAUGGACCCCAGAGUCAGACAGACUGCGGUCCUGGUUGAGAGCGACGGAUUCAUCACCAAGAAUGGCCACCGGGUGGUCAUCCACAGCCGAUCGCCUAGCGUCACAUCUCGGACAGCGGAUGUCUGAUUGUCACUGCGGCAGCCGUCAUCAUCACUACCCCACCGUUGACCAUUACCAACACCACCACCAUCUCUCAGCCCACCACCACCAAAGCCACCUGUCAACUCCUCCUAUUAUUAAAUCUCACUGUCGUGCUGCUGCUAUCAAAUUCAACAGCCUUAAACAUUUAUUAAUAAUUAAUAAAUAUAAAUAUAUGUAUAUAUUACAUCCAUAUAUACAUAUAUAUUAUUAACUAAAUUAAAAUAAAUAAAUAGUUUUAUAAGCAACGUGACGUUGUCCUCGAGUUGCCUUUCGUCGGACCACUGCAAAAACUGUCACGUAUUCUCGCCGUUAAAGAGCGAUCGUCAGACACUUGGAUCGUCAGUCCAUGUUUAUAAAAAUAUAAAUAAUAAUAAUAAUGAUAAUUAAUAUUAAUAAUAUUCCUCGAGCACGCCUCGAUGUGUGUGUUGUUGUCCAAAAAAAAAAAUAGUACAUCUAAUCCGAGUACACGACUUUACUCGAUUGACUUUCGUGCCCUUCCCCGACGGUUACUCUUCGCUUGCUUGUGUUCUAUCUGCUAUUAUUGUAACUUAUCACUCUUUAUUUUAUAAUUAUUAUGUAUUAUAUAUUAUUAUGACUUCUGGCAGCAAGAAUACAUCGUCAUAAUCAUCUUAAGAUAUACAUAUGUCGCGCUUCUUACUUGCUCACCGAAUUCGCUUCCCCUCAAUAUGGAUUCGGAUGACCAAGGCACUGUUAACUUACUACAGCAUCAAUAUCUUGUAAUUAUAAAUUAUCAGUGAUAACAUUUAUGUUAAUGUGUUUAACGAAGCGCGAUUUAUCGUAUUAAUUCAUCUGUAAUAAGUGUGUGAGCGACGUACCAAGAGAAUCUCGACGAGCACCAUUAUCACCUAUCAUCUCGGCCGAUUGUCCGAUUGCAACAUUCAACAAUUAUAGACAUUAUUAAUAAAUAUAUAUUAAUAUAUAUAUUUAAAAAAAAUCUAUUGUCUCUGCCGCUUUGUCUAGUGUUUUUUACAUUCUUUUGUUAUUCUUGUUAUUUAUUAUUUUUAUUAUUGUCAUUAUUAUUAAUUGUUAUUGCUAUUAUUAUUAUUAUAAUAAUAUUUUUUUUAUUAUUGUUACUAUUAUUAUUAUUAUUAUUAUUGUUAUUAUUAUUGGUACUAUCAUCUUCAUGAUGUUGAAUCAAUAAAAUCACGCGUAUAUAUAAAUAGUAUGUAUUAUAUAUUUAUAUAUAUAAAUAUUGUGCAAAUUUAGUUUAUAUACAGACAAUUUAAAUUGAAAGUCUCAUGUGUGAUUUUAACGGGAAAAUUAAUUAAUUUUCAUUUAACGAAUCUCAUUUUCUCGUUUACCAUCAAUGUAACGCAAUCUCGCAAUCCAUUAAUAAAUUGUAUAGCUCUAGCUUUUUCUAUUCGAGUGAAUGGUUGUAAUAAUUGCAAAUAAUAAUAAUUAAAUCAUACAUUCGCGAGUUUAAAUCAUAAUUCAGAAAUUAAAUAUUUGAAAAAUUAAAUUUGCUGUAAAAUAAUUUUCGGUGUUUGCGAUAAAAAAAAAAGAAGAAACUCGCGGGUAUGUUUUUUAGUUUAAAAAAAAUAAUUAGGUGAGUGCUUAAAUGUAAAAAUGCGUAAUAAUAAUUGAAAUAAUUACACUCAACGAUUGCCUGCAUAUUUAUUAAUCAUUAAUUACGAGAUUGAAGUUACUGUGGAAUAAAUUGUGAGAUAAAAUUUAAAAGACAAAAAAUAUAUUUAAAAAGAAAAGUCUUGCGCGAGUAUAGCAACUGAUUAAUUAGUUAAUUAAUUAAUUAAUUAAUAAAAUAAAUAAAUAAUUAUAAAUGUAUUCUAAGUAACUAAUUAAUUAAAAGUGUAAGAUAGACGUAUUUGAUGGAAAGCUCUCUCGUAUAAUGAGUCUUCGUCGCAUGCGAACUAUCGGCUACGUUUUUUUACUUUUUAAUUAUUCUUUUUAUUCAAUUAUCGCGUCUUUUAUUAUUCAUUUUAUUCUUUUACAACUUUACAACACUCUUGAGACAGCAAUUUUAAAAUUUCCCAUUGUCACGGUAACAUUUAACACAGAGCACAAUUGACUUUUAAUUAAUUACACCGAAUAAAUUGACGUUGCCUUAAUUACCCUUUAUUAUUAUUAUUAUUAUUUAAUUAUACUUAGACAAUACAUAUUUAAUUAUCGAUUAAAUGUAUAAUUAUUUUAUAUUUUAAUUAUUAUUUAAUGCUAAUUAAUCGUAUGAAUUAAUAUUUUAAAAAAAGUAAUAUCGCUUAGUUAAUAUACACGCUGAUUUAUCACGUUGCUAUUUUUCUAUUAUAUUAUUUGUAUGUUUAUAUUUUAUUAUAGAGAUUUUAUUACUUUGUUAUCAUAAUUAUAAUAAAGAGAAAUAAAUUUUAUCAUAUAAUAUGUAAUAAAUAAAUUAUACGAAACGCAAGACUCUUUGUUACUGACUUACAGGCUCUAGCGAAUUGUUAAAGUUAAUUUUUAUAAUUUUAAUCCAUUAGUAACACAAGUCUCUUGCAUUAUCGUUAUCAAUUUAGGCUUAAUUAACUUAAAAAAAAAUUAAACUAAAUAAUUAAUAAAUAAACAUUUAUAUAAAAAAAAAACACAUUUUAGGAUAAAAUGCUUAUCUUACAACAAGCAACCAAUGUUCAUUACUCUAUAAGCUAUAGAAGCUCAAAAAAAAUAAAAUAAAUAAAAAUCAUUUAAAAUUAAUCGUACAAAAAUUAUUCUCACUAUUGAACGUUAUAUCUGCUUAUCAAAAUACUUGUUGUAAUUAGAAUAUUUAUCAUUAUCGACAUAAAUUAAACAUUAACUCUUUUUUCUACUAUAUUACUACUCUAUAGUCUUCUCUCCCCAAAUUCAUCACUAUAUCAAUAGUAGAUUUUUAUUUAUUAAUUUAUUUAUUUAAUUAUUAAUCAAUCAAUCGAACAAAUUUACUAAUAAAAACGACUCCCGCUUCGCCACUCUAUCGAAUUUGUUACAACGGAAGUUUCAACCUAUCAUUUAAAUGUUUUUAAUGAUAAAUAAUUUAUAAAUUUAAUUAUUUGUACUAUUUAUUAAUUUUGUAAGUGAAUAAAUGAGAAACCUUCUAAUUAUCGACGAGAUUGCCUUGAUUGCAACAUUAUGCUCGGAAAAAAUACAAAAUUAAUAAUAAUAAUAAUAACAAUAAUAAAAUUAAUGAUAAUAAUAAUAUUAAUAGUAAUUAAUAAUAAUGAUAAUGAUAAUGAUAAAUAAAUUAUGUAUUAAUUUGUAGAUGUUGUAAUAUGUGCAAAUAAUUCUUAUCACGUCAUUUGUACGCAUUAGCUUAAAAAUUCAUGCAUAUAUAUAAUCAUCAAUAGAAGCAAUAAGUAAAGUAAUAUUUAUUAUGAUAAAUAAUUAAAUGAAUAAGUAAUAAUAAUAGUAAUAAUAAAAGUAUUUAUUUAUUGAGUGUUGUAUUAAAAUGAUUAGUUGAUUUUUCCCCAAAUCAUCUUAAUCCAUUUGUACGCGCUCAAUAAAUAACUACGCAAGUUUACUUGCUAAUAAUAAUGACAUUAAUAAUUAUAAAAAUGAUAAUAUUAAUAUUAAUGGUAAUAACAAUAAUAAUAGUAAUUAAUAACAAUAAUAUUAAUAUUAAAAUAAAUAAAAUCCUCGAUAUUUCCACAUUUAACGAUUUCUAGGUAAACUUCGCGCGUGUAUGAUAUUAAAAUAUAUAAAUAAACACUAUGUGAUUAUCUGAAGGCUUUAAGUGUGUAUAUUUUGAAAUAUCAAGGAAAGAAAUAUUUAAAUAAUUAAUAAUAAUAAUUAUAAUAUGAAGGAAAAAAAAAUAAAACGAAUAACAAGGAAGAAUAUUAGGCCCGAGCUAGUUUAAAUUGUAACUUCCCCUAAUGAAGAAAAAUUAGCUCGUGUUAAAAAACAAAAUUUGUCAAGUGUUUUAAUAUUUUUCCUGGCUGAUAAAAGUGUUUAUAAGUGAUUUUAUCAAUUAUUUAUAAAUAUAUAUACGUUAAGUAUAUAAAUUUAUAAAUUUUAUCAAUAAAUAAGAAUGUGAAGAAAUAAUUUGGCUUAUUAAUUAACCGGUAGUAGCGAUAAUGGGGAGAGUAUGUGUAUCGUUUGAUAAUAUCGUUUUAUCUAUAUAAAUCUGUUGGCUUGUAUUUAUAAAUAUUUUUAAAAAAAUUU